AUGUGUUCUGCUCCCGUGUCUGGAAUUCUGAUGGACCAGAUUGGUCUACGAAUUACAAAAUUGGUUGGGGUCUCACUAUACUUCAUCGGAUGUCUAAUGUUUGCAUUUGUACGUGGUGGCACCUCCUACCUGAUUUUCCCGGCCAUGAUAUUCGGAGCCGUUGGAGCUUACGCCAGCGUGCUGUGUAAUCUUCACGUUGCAUCCGUCUUUCCUGUGUGGAGGGGGAUGAUAAUCUCUGGUCUGAACGGUGCUUACGAAUCCAGUUCAGUCUUUGCCUUCGUGAUCGCAAAAACUUCUCCGGCAUUUGCGUUGCGCGAUUCGUUCAUCCUCCUCGGCUGUUUCGCUUUUGGGGCUGGCUGCCUGGUGUCAACAUUUAUCCUCACUCAGAGGACAACAGACAUGAGAAAGCUUGCGAAACAUGCAACGCCGAAUGCUAGCACCCCGGAAUUCGCUGAGGAAGAAGAAGAUUCCGUUUACGACAGAGAGGUUGAGCGCCUUAUUCAGUAUUACUAUCCUGAUAAAAAGUCCUGUUUUCUAUCGGAGGCAUAUACAAUGGCCUAUUUGUACUUUCUUCCCGGAGUGCUUCGCUUCAGUUUGUACUUCAGCCAACUUGACCAGCAGCUACUAUACUCAUUUACUCAUGAACAUGAGGUGGUAAACAAAUUGUUACUUGCCUCCUCUUAUACUUCCAUGUGUGCCAUUUUGUUAUCCCCGUUUACUGGCCUUGUCAUAGACUAUUCUCGAAAAGUCGCCAGACAAAAGCUUGAAAGCAAGUUGGCUGUGAAUAAUCUGAAACCACGUCGAAUUUACUGGUAUCACAUGUGCGCCCUGGCUCCAACACUGUUCUUGCUCGCCACUUUGUCUUUCUACAUAAGUUGUACGCUUUAUAUUACUGGUCAGCAGUGGGUCUACUAUACACAGUUUGUGGCUAUUGUUUUCAUGGGCUCUAUUCUACCCAGCGUCACCAAUACCUUCAUAAUGACCGCGUUCCCACUAAAAUAUUUUGGUACACUUAUGGGUGUGCUGUCCCUUAUUGGUGGAAUCUUUAGUCUGGUUCAGUUUGGACUCAUCCAGCUUCCCAUAGCUAUUGGCAACGGAUUUAUGGUUGUGAGUAGCGUGAUCAUGUUUAUUCCACCCAUUUUUCUAUUCAUCGGUGCGAACUGA